UAAUAGGUGAACGCUGCAAUAGCGAUUGAGAAAGCCGUAGCAAUAAUGCUUUACCUUAUCGGGAAGACGCUUCAAACAUUCAUGUACACCUGGCCGGCAGACAUGGUCACUACCGAGAGCGACGGUUUUCGCCAGGAAGUUUACUGCAGCAACUGGUACGAGGACAUAAGUGCUAAAACCGGUAAGCUCACGCUUACGAUACUGAUGCAGAAAUCGGUGAUCCUGAAGGCGUGCCGUUUAAUGGUGGUUUCCGUCGAUCUCUUCGCCAAGAUUAUAAAUAGAACGAUAUCCUACUAUUUCUUAUUGGUAACACUUGACGAUGACGAAUAACGGGAAGGAGCAUAGAAAUCUAUUUUCUGUUUCCGAUGUAAAUAAAAGAGAUAGGAACUGAUAAA